AAAUGUAGGAGAAACGUAUCCGAACGUGAUGAAGGGUUGAAUGUGUCGUACGAUCAACGUGGCACGAGGAUGGUUCACCGACAGUUGUAACACUUCAACGUUAACAAAGAACGAGGACGACGAGGGAAACAUAAUUUAUAAUCAUGGCUGAUUUUGUUGUGCAUUGAUUCGACAACAUUUCGAUCGGCACGCUGUUGUGACCCGAGGGAAGUCUACGAAGGCGAGUCUCUGUUGUUGAACUAUACGGGAAGACAGAAAGAUUCAGUCAAUCGUCUGAUGGCAACAAUGAGUAGAAGCAACGAGAAUGGUAUCGCCCUGGCGACGCCUCCUGCGAUUCACGUUGGCCCUAUAGUGAAUCCGAUCACCAACGAGACCAUCUCCAUCGUGAUACCGUUAUCAGCGCAGCUGGCUACCGUCACCAACCAAAAGGUCGACAAGUCCUGCAAGGACUGCACCAAAGACGCCAAGCAAUCGUCCGCGUCACGUCUCAGGAACGACAAGACGAAAGGAUGCCCGUAUCCGGGCUGCACGCGAUACGGUCGAGCCUUUUCGAGGGCGCACGACCUGAAACGUCACAUAGCUCGUCAUGAAAUGAGAAAGGAAAAAUUGUCCGAUUACGAGAAUUCAGCCGCUGGCAAGCAGCAAUUGGUCGGCAACGAGAUCGUCGGCAAUGUAGCGAAUCGGUCGACCGACGGACCUCAGGUCGCGUGGACCGACGAUUCGCGAGAAGCUAUGGGAAAGUUCUAUUGUUGUCCUCAUUGUACGAAGAAGUAUACCAGCGAGAACAAGUUGUUCGCUCAUAUGAACUCGCACGGGAAGGUAACGGGCAAGAACGUUUGCGCCAUCUGUGGGACGAGCUCCAAAGACGGGGAGGAGCUGCAGAUGCACCUGAGACAGCACACGGUACACUUGCUGGAGACUCAGUCGGCACUGUCGAAAGGCGAGCCGAAGAAGGAACAACCCGACAAGGAGGACGAUUUCCUUUUGGAAGAGAUGCUGCUUCUGAAUAAGAAUCCUCGACGGAAACCGGAGAAGAACGGGAACGGAGCGUCGAAGAUCAGAUGCGACUAUUGCUCGAAAACCUUUAAAACUAAAUGGACCCUGAGCUCCCACGUGGCGGCUCACGAGGGACGUUUCCAAUUCGACUGCGGUCAAUGCGGGAAGAAGUUCGUUCGGAAGAGCCACUACGAGGGACACGUGCGGUCGCACGAAGCGGCGAGACCCUACGUUUGCGAACAAUGCGGGAAGACGUUCAAAGAGUUGAAGCACAGGCGGGAGCACACCAAGAAGAAGCAUUCUACGAACCAAAGCGCGAUACAGACUCUGUUGGACAGCAUCAGUCCUUACGCGUCGGAUGAUCUACCGGUCGAUCAGACGAAAUUCACUCUUGUGAUCCCAGAAAAUUUCUCUGUGUAAAUUUCUUUUUUAUAGAGCCAUAACGAAAUGUUCACUCUGUUAUACAGGGUCUAUCCUAAUACGCGGGACCUGUUUCCCCAGUGGAAAUACUUGGUGUGAACGUAUCCCAACCGCAAAUCAAACUAGUCCAACUGAUUCUAUUAGACUAUGCACAAUGUUCGCAGUACACGUUCAACGCGGCGCCAUUUUAAAAUCAAUGUUUCCAUCUCGGUAGUUUUCAACGCGAUCUCGCCAGCUUGCUCUAAGGUGUACAAAGAGGCCAACAUGUACAGUGGUUGUAUUAAUCGUAAUGUUACCGUUGUACGCUUAGCGAAGCCUGCACAUAAUUGUUAUUGUAUGUAAUUUAUGUCAGACGUCAUUUUUCGUUGAAAUUCUUAACACUUUAUCUACCGGGCUAUUUAGAAACAAUCUUUAAUUCAAAAAAGAAUCUUCUACGGUAGCAUAUACCAAUAUAGGCUGGCAAUAAUUCCUCCAUACUGUUACUAAGUACAUUGAAAGCCAAGUCUGUUUCCAAAAACUGAACAUUGUAAGUAGACAACCAUCAACAUAGUAAAUAAAUUCGAAAAGCUAAAGACUGGAAUUAAAAAGCCUAUAAAUAGGCUCCCGGUAAAUAAAGUGUUAAACAAAAGAAACGACUCUGGAUAUGCUUGGACGAGCGACACACAGACCAAAGACAAUCUCGAUUCCGAACAGUCAACCUGUACAUAUAGCGAUUCUAAUAAAUCAACCGAAAAAUA